AUGCCCCAAACGAACCCCAAUAAUCAAGCCGAGGCUGGACCGCCUGUAUACGCCCUCUCGCCCCACUCCCCAACCACCCAAACCCACCUCCUCCCCCUCCUGCGCGCCCACCUCCCCUACUCCCUCCCGCUCCUCCGCCGUAUCCAACACGAGAUCGCCCAUCCUUCUCCCCACGCGAGAAUCCUAACCACCCUGUCGGGUCUGGCCCCAGCCUCGUCUUCAGGGGCAACCUCCGAGCCCGAGUCCGAGCCCGAAUCUAAAUCCGACGCUCAGUCGAUCGAGACUCUGCCUGCGAAGCCGUGUCCGUGUCCUCGGGCCUGCCUGUCAGUGCCUGACGCUGCUAGCCCAGUCACUAUCAAUACCCGGGAAGCUGGACCUACCUGCACGACAUGCACAUCCGUCCAUCUAGCCCCGGAGGAUCCCGAUGACAUCACAACCACCAACUCUAAGAAUGAGGCGAACAAGGCGCUCCCAGCAAGCAUUCCCAGUCCCGCUUCCGCAAGCAAGGCGAAGAAUCAGGUCAUCGAAAACGACGACGAGCCCUGGCUAAUCGCGUACAUCGACCUCCCCUCCGGCCGGGAAACCCAGGCCGUGGUGUAUUGCAAUCUGGAACAUCCCUGCCACCAGCAGAAGCACAAUCCUUCAACUGUACCAUCAUCAUCAUCAUCUUCUUCUUCUUCUAAAAAUAACAUCCCUGACGAAAAGGAUAAACAAACCAUCAAGGAGGAUCUCGAUGACGAUCAACAAGACGACGAUGAUAACAAUAAUACUGGAAAAAGAAUCUCCGCCCUCCCCAUCCCCACUCACAGCCACACCUUACAUCACAUCCGCGCGCAGUUCCUCGCGCUGUUGGGAUAUAUCAAAUCCCACCUCUUACCGGAGUAUCGUGCCGUUCAGGCAGCGGCCGGUAUGGGCGCGAAUGGGAACGGGAACGGGAAUGCCAUCGUAAAAGACCACCAGAUCCCGCCCCCGCCAGACGGGGCAUACCUAUUUGGGAAUCUGCAUACGGGGGUCUUCGGGUCGUUGUUUUCGGAUGGUGGCGUGGGGUAUUCUUUACCCUCACAGUCCGAUGGUACGGGUACAGGUCAGGGUAUACCUGGAGCUGAACCUGAGGCUGAGGAUGAAAGAGAGUUCGUGCCUGAGGUAAAGGUACACCGGUAUGAUCGCGUGCCGUACGUGAAGUAUCUUUUUCGGGAGGGGGCUUUUGCGAAGACGAAGACGAAGACGAAGGGAGACGGGGAGAAGGAGAAGGGUGAUCUCCCGACUGGGUUCCGGUUUUCGGAUGCACAGGGUAGGGAGGGCGUGCAGAGGAGGGAUCUGGGACUGGUGAGGAGUCGCACGGUGAUUCCCCGCUCGGAGGAGACGUUGGCCAUUUUGCCGAGUGCCGCGGUUUAUCGAGAUUCUUCUUCUGCUGCUGCUGGGUCUGGUGUUGCUGUCGCUUCUGUGGGAGAAGAAGAGGGAGAGGGAAAGAAGAGCGAAGCAGAACCAGAAUCAGAAUCACCCAUAGCAUGGGCCUUCCUCGGGCCCGACGGGAGUCUGGCAACCUUACAUGUCGAGACACCUUACCGUGGACAAGGACUAGCCGGGUGUGUGGCCCGAGAAGCCAUGCGGAGGGGAAUGAAGGAUAUCCAGCGCGAAAAGGAAGGAGAGAGAUGGGUGCAUGCGAACGUGGCGAUGGAGAACCGGGCAAGUCGGCGGGUGAUGGAGAAGUUGGGGGGGGAGUUGGCCUGGACGGUGACGUGGAGUGUUUUGGAGGUGUGAUUGAUUCAUUUUUAUUUUCGCUGUAUAGAGAUGUUUGGAUACUAUUUGGAACUAACUUUGUAGAUGAUGUU